CUAUUCCAUGUUUUUAAAAUAAAUUUAUUAUUUUAACAAAGAUUUAUUUUAUUUUGAUGUCUCUUCUCGUAUGCUAAUGCUUUGCUCAGAUGUAUAAAUCGGUGGUAAACAUAUGGAUUGUGUACAAAACCUAGCCAGCUGUGGUGACAUGCGGUUCUUCGAUAUCGUAUUUUUUCUUUUAUAUAUAGUUGGCUUUGUUUUGUCCAAAAAAGAUUGUCCAAAGCAAUGUGAUAAGACCUACAAUCCAGUUUGCGGAAUGGUAGCGGACAAGCAUGGGCAUUGGACGAAGAAGAUAUUCAAAAACGAGUGCAAAAUGAGAAACAAGAACAAAUGUGAAAAAGUUUCACAUCAAUAUAUGCAAUUGAAAUCACCAAUAGAUGCAAACAUACCUCCAUCACAGGCGUUGGCUUUGUGCAUCAUGCAUGAACUGUUGAAAAUCUUCAUUUCCCAGCAUUCGCCAACUUUCUGCUUUCCACACAUCGGGUCGUGUUCUUCGGGGCAAUCAAGGGCCUCACACGGAGGUGGGCCGGCAAAACACGUAAGUGCAUCUUGAGUUGCCACUAAAC